UUGUAAUAAAAAGGAGUGGUGGUGUAGUAAAAUAAUGUCCGAAAGUUGAGGAAACGAAAAAGUAGUCCGUAUUGAAUUGUUCACCGUCUGGUGCGGUGGUGGUGACAACAAUCUUCAUUCUUUCCUUUCUUUUCAAUUUUCAUUCAUCACUUCCAAUUUCCAAUUCGAUUUAUCCCCCUCCCCCCCUUUCGCCAAUUACGUCCACAUUCAACAAACCUCCAUUCCCUUAAAUUCCAUUCCCACCAUUAUCAUCUCCACAUUCAACACUUCACUUUUUUUUUUUUCCCCCGAUUUCCAGGAUAGAAAGAAAAAAAACAAAGACUAGUUUUUUCUUAAAUGUCUACUGUGGGCAAUUCUACAAACAUCUUCUGGCACGAAUGUCCUAUCGGGAAGCUUGACAGGCAAACAUUGCUCAAUCAACAGGGAUGUAUUGUAUGGAUCACCGGUCUAAGUGGAUCAGGGAAAAGUACACUGGCAUGCUCACUGGGUAGACAAUUGCACUCUCGUGGAAAACUUUCGUAUGUUCUUGACGGCGACAACCUUAGACAUGGUCUAAACAAGAAUCUAGGUUUCGCACCGGAAGAUCGGACUGAAAAUAUACGUAGGGUUGGGGAAGUGGCGAAGCUGUUUGCUGAUGCUGGAUUAAUUUGCAUAGCUAGUCUGAUAUCUCCAUAUCGUAAAGACCGUGAUGCUUGUCGUGCAUUAUUGCCAGAAAAUUUUAUCGAGGUAUUCCUAAACAUGCCUCUAGAGUUGUGUGAAGGAAGGGAUCCGAAAGGUCUAUACAAGCUUGCGCGGGCAGGGAAGAUAAAAGGAUUUACAGGAAUAGAUGAUCCUUAUGAAGCUCCUUUGAAUUCUGAGAUAGAGAUAAAGCAAAAGGAAGAAGAUGGAGAAUGCCCUACACCAAAUGAAAUGGCUGGACAGGUGGUUACUUUCUUGGAACACAAAGGGUAUCUCCAUGCUCAAUCACCACCCUCCUCCUCUUAACCUCAAGCUCAACCUUUUUCUUUUUGUUUCUUUUCUUUUUAAUUAGCAAGUACAUAUAAAUAUAUGACUUGACUUGUUGAGGGCUCUUUUAACUUUUAUGUAAUAAUUCUUCUUUUUUGGUGGUUUUAAGUUGGCUUUGUAAUUAAUUA